GCCAGACUGGACUAGAACCAUCAGUGUGAAGGUUGCUUUGCUCGCCUGACAAUCAGAGACCCUCGAUAGGCGGGAACUGACGAGCCGUGAGCCUGCCUGGGUGGCCCAUAACUCGGCCGCUGAGUGCUCCCGAUCGCUGGUGAAGGACGCCGAAGCAACACCUUCCCGCCAACCUUUCGGGCUCCGGAAGUGUGGCAUCGUUGCUCGGCUUUGGUCGCGCCACGCAUCGCAGCUAGAUCACCCUCCUCAGUCUCCAGUCUGACUCGCACCCCAAGUCAAAGCAUAUAGGCGUACGGGAGACAUAUUCACCUUCUCGGCUUCUGCGCAACGCUGGCGAAUAUGCUGCGCAGCAUGCGCUUGGCCGCCGCCGGUAGCGGCCGGGUCGUUGCGGCGCUGUUCUUGCUCUUGCUUCAAUGCAUGUUACCCUUGGCGCUGCUGGUAUCCAGUAGCAAUGGAGUGGCAGCAGUGGCCUCAAAACCACCUGCGGUUACGGUCAAUCGCUUUGAGACCUUGCCGGCAAAGGUGUACUACUUCGUCGACUCAAGAGUGGUAUUAUGGCACAGCAGUGAGGAAAAUGCAGUGUGGCGAAGUGAGGACGAGGGCAAGACAUGGUCGCCAUUAGAAGUACCGAAGAAAGGGGAGGCUCACAUGCUCAUCGAGCACCCUUUUGAUAAGAGCACGGCGUACAUUCUAUCCAAGAACAAAGAGCAUUGGAGAACUAUCGACCGGGGGAGGACGUGGCAGAAGUUCACCAGUCCAGAAAUCCCCGCUGAACGGAGCAUGCCGCUGGAAUUCAACGCAGACCCGAAACACUGGGACCAUAUCAUCUUCAUUGGCAAGAAGUGUGUUACGAACCCAUGGUUCGGCAUGUCAAUCUGCCGUGACGAGGCAUAUUUGACCACCAACGGGUUCGAGAGUGAUCCCCAGCCCAUGUUCGAGUACAUCAAUCACUGCAUGUGGGCGAAGGCGACUCCGACCAUGGAAAUCUCUACCAGCCGCUUGAACCGCAUCUUCUGCAUUGGCGCUUCCAAUGGGCAGGACGAGCGGUCGACCAUGCGGCUGUACUAUUCCGACGACUUUUUCCAGACGCGGCGGAUUGUCUCGCUUGGCAUUGGGAGAGAUGCAAGAAAUUUCAUUGGCAUCGGAUCAUCGAAGAAGUUUUUGAUCACAGCACUGAAGGAGCCGGGGAACGUUGGGAGAGGAGGCGGCCACACAGUGCUCUUUGUGUCCACCGAUGGUGAGAUCUGGCGCAAAGCGCGCUUCCCGCAUGGUAACAAGAUCCGCGAGAAUGGAUACACCAUCGUUUCCAGCACGGACCACAGUCUGGUCGUCGAUGUCAAGGAGGAGGAUAUAAGCGGGUCUCGCUCGCUCGGGGCCCUGUUCACUUCCAGCAGCGACGGCAUCGACUUUGUCCAGAGUCUCGAGAACACUCAUCAAAACAAACAUGGCAUAGUGGACUACGAGCACCUUGACAACAUCGACGGCGUCAUGCUUGUAAAUGUAGAGAUGCCGUCGCAAGGGCCAGGGCAGCUCCAGACGCGAAUAUCGUUCGACGACGGCAGUCGCUGGAGCAGGAUCAAAGUGGACAAUCUUCAUAGGAAAACGUGCAAGACCGACGACAUAGAGCACUGCUCGUUGCACUUGCACUCUGUCUCUCAUCUGCACAACGUCGGCAAGGUCUUCUCAUCAACCGCGCCAGGAUUCGUCAUGGGCGUCGGCUCUGUCGGCAACCAUCUCAAACAGUACAAGGAGUGCGACACCUGGCUCAGCACCGAUGCCGGCCAGUCAUGGAUGAUGGUGGCGCAGGACGCGCACAAGUACGAAUUCGGAGAUCAAGGCUCUAUUCUCGUCCUUGCACCCGACGAAGACUCGUCUAGCAAGCUCAAGUAUUCACGCAACUAUGGCAAGACCUGGAAAGAGCUCGACCUCGGCGUCACUAUGCGUGUCAAGUUCCUCACCACCAUUCCGGAUAACACCUCGCAGAAGUUUUUGCUCGUCGGUUUGCAAGCUAGGCAGCAUGGGGACAGUGUGCAUCAGGGACGCGUCGUCGCGGUCUUUAUUGACUUUGCUGCGCAGGGCCUGCGACAGUGUGGCUUCAGCGAUCUGGAAAAGUGGUACGCGCAGACUGCGUCAGGUUCGUGCUUGAUGGGCCACAAGCAGUGGUACAUGCGCCGCAAGGCGGACGCCGACUGCUACGUCGGUAACAAGUUUCAGGACCCAGUUGACCAUGAGGACCGCUGCGAAUGCACCGGGCAUGACUAUGAGUGUGACUUUGGCUACCUGGCCGACUCCAGCGGCAAGUGCUCACCCGAGGGUGAGAUUCCCUUACCCGCAGGCGCGUGCACCGCCAAACAGAACUCCUACUUGGCCUCAUCGGGUUAUAGGAAGAUUCCAGGGAACACGUGCCAAGGCGGAGCAAAGCUGGAUGAACCGGUUCGUAAGUCAUGUAAGGAUGUCAAGACUCCGACUGGCCAGAUCAGCACGCAGAGGACAGAUUUCCCGGCCAAGGUGGUGGACUACCUUUGGAUCCCUGAUUCGCCGAAUGUGCUUGUGCAGCUGUCCGACUCAACCAUCUGGCAGUCGACCAACGAGGGCCUCAGCUGGCAGAAGGUCCAGCCUCUCGGCGUCGGUACGGGCUACAACGCGCUGUUCCUUCACAUGACUGCCAGUCCGUACGACAGAAAACGCGCGUAUCUCGUCACUGCGGGUCAAAUGGUGCAGUACACAACGGACGGCGGAAGGACAUGGCAGUUCUUCACCGCUCCGCUCGAAGCGAACGGUCUUGGCGUUCCCGUCCUCGACUUCCACCCCACCCACGCCGACUGGCUCAUUUGGACCGGCAGCCGUGACUGCGCUUCUAGCAUGUCAGCAACGUGUCAUGCGGAAGCGUACUACUCGCAAGAUCAUGGCAGGACGUGGAAGCUGGUUGACACGUACGUCCGUGUCUGCAGCUGGCUGCGAGACGCGAAACUCAAGCUCAACCCGCGAACGAUCGUCUGCGAGAGCUACAUACCGAAGGAAGGUAACCAGCGCUCGCCAACCAGUACGUUACAGAUCGUGUCUGGCGCCGAGUUCUACGCUCGGCGGAGUGUUCUUUUCGACCAUGCAGUCGCUUUCGCCACUUUUGACGAGUACUUCGUCGUCGCGAAGCUCGACUCAAACACUAUGACGAUUCGUUUCGAAGUAUCCCUAAAUGGCGUCGAUUGGGCCGAGGCUCGCUUCCCGCCGGGAACAAGCGUCGCGCAUCGCGCGUACACUGCACUCGAGUCCUCCACCGACGCCAUCUUUCUGCAUGUCACAAUGAACUCCAAGCCUGGCAGCGAGUACGGUACGCUUUUCAAGAGCAAUUCGAAUGGCACAUACUUUUCCACUUCGAUCGACCAAGUCAACCGCAAUCGGGAUGGCUACGUCGACUUUGAGAAGAUGUUUGGCCUCAACGGGACUGCGCUUGUCAACAUCGUCUCCAACGCGAAUGGCGCAAGCAUCAGCGGAGUGAAGGAGCUGCAAUCGCGUAUCACUCAUAACGAUGGUGCGCGCUGGAAGCCGAUUCCGGCUCCAGCGCACGACUCGAACGGCAAUCCGUACAAGUGCAUUGACGUCAGCUGCACCUUGCACCUGCAUUCUUACACGGAGCGCGACGACCCGAGCUCGACCUUCAGCAGUCCAUCGGCCGUCGGCCAGAUGAUUGGUGUUGGAAAUGUCGGCAAGAAGCUGUUACCAUAUGCAGAAAGCGACACGUUCUUCACCCGCGAUGGUGGCUUUACAUGGAGCGAGGUCCGCAAGGGCGCUCAUCGAUGGGAGUUCGGGGACCAAGGUUCGAUCAUUGUCUUGGUCGAUGACGAGGGUCCGACGGACCACUUUGUCUACACGCUGGAUGAGGGCUUAUCUUGGAAGACGCACAGCUUUGGCGACAAGCUGCGCAUCCGAUCGAUCGUCACCGGACCUUUCGACAGGCGCCGAAAGUUCGUCUUGCUCGGGCAGCAGCCGCACUCUUCCUCACAUACGACGGCAGUGCACAUUGACUUUUCGCAAUUGGCGCAGCGUCAGUGCCACUUGCUCGAAAAUGAUAGCGAGAGCUCCGACUUUGAGCUGUGGUCGCCAUCGGAACUGCGUGACGAGCUGUGCCUGUUCGGGCAGCAAGUCUAUUACUGGCGUCGCAAGCAGCAUGCGGAGUGCUACAUUGGCGACCAAGGGAUUGCCAAUGGCGGCCGUGUGACUAAGACGUGCGCAUGCACUGACGACGACUUUGAAUGCGAGUUCAAUCACUACCGCGAUGUCAACGACCGCUGUGUGCUGGUGCCUGGUGCGACGUUGCUGGCCGCGCAUCCGGAGGCGCAGUGCAGGGCCGAGGGACAGGAGUACUGGUACGAGCGCACACCCUAUCGCAAGAUUCCCAUGUCACAGUGCGAGGGAGGCCCACGGCCAGACAGGGGCAAGGCGCACCAUUGCGGCCCGACGCUCAGGGGACAUGGCUUCUUCUGGUGGAUCACCAUGAUCUUUGGGCCGUUUAUGCUCGCUGGCGUCGUCGCUUACUGGUGGUUUAUCAAGGGCAAGGUAUCGAAUGCAGGGCGCAUACGGCUGCCGGGUGGAGGGGGUGUGGACUACCGAGACUGGACGGUGACGCAGACACUCAAUUCCGUGCCCUACUUUGUAAUCGGUGCUUUGGGUGAGCUCCUUGCUUUCGCCAAAGAUGUAGCGCAACAAUUACCGUUCUUUGGGAAUCGACUGCGGCGAAACCGUGGCAGCUAUGGAGGGUAUCGGACCGUGUCAUCCGACGAGGAUGCAGAAAUUCUGCGCGAUUAUGACGAAGACGGGCUGGAAUGAGGUGCAUUCCGAGCGUGCCGACUAGCUCCCUGCAUGACGCGGGGUCGCCCUGAGGAUGUGAUAAGACUGUUUCUUGUAGCACGAAGAACUUUCUCAUCCAUCGAAGAUAAAUCUCAUGGACUUUCUACG